AGGUAGUGGACCCAUCCACAUGAACAGUGUGCAGUGCACGGGGACAGAACGAUCCAUCCUCGACUGCUUCUUCCAGGAGGUUCAACCGUGGACAUUCAAACAUAGCCAGGAUGCUUCCGUGCGCUGUAACGUUCCUAAAACCGGCACAGAGUACACGGUGCGUCUGGCUGGCGGCAGGGUGCCCUCAGAGGGUCGAGUGGAGGUGCUCAUGGAGGUGGGCGGCCGCAAGCGUUGGGGUUCGGUCUGCAGCGAGAACUGGGGCAUCAAUGAAGCCAUGGUGGUGUGCAGACAGCUGGGUCUGGGAUUUGCUGCGAGUGCACAUCAGGAUACCUGGUACUGGACCAGCGACCCAAAUGCCGCCGAGCUGAUCCUCAGCGGAACUCACUGCGUUGGCACCGAGUUCUCCAUUCAGCAGUGUCGCCGUAACAACCACAUGCACUGUCCGCGAGGCGGGGGACCGAAGGCGGCUGGCGUCACCUGCUCGGAGAGUAAGACAAACUUUUAG